AUGUCAGCCGAGGCAUGCAGAAGACCCAUUAAGGCCCAAGGAACCACUAGAGAAGACCACAAUGCCCACGACAACCACACGAACAACCACAACACCCACGACGACCACGCAGACGACCACAACACCCACGACGACCACACGGAGGACCACAACAACCACGACGACCACACGCAGGACCACAACGCCAACGACGACCACACGGACAACCACAACACCCACGACGACAACACGGAGGACCACGACACCCACAACGACCACACGGAGGACCACGACGCCCACGACGACCACACGGAGGACCACAACCACCACGACGACCACACGGCGGACCACAACGCCAACGACGACCACACGGAGGACCACAACCACAACGACGACCACACGCAGGACCACAACACCCACGACGACCACACGGAGGACCACAACCACAACGACGACCACACGGCGGACCACAACGCCAACGACGACCACACGGAGGACCACAACCACCACGACGACCACACGGCGGACCACAACGCCAACGACGACCACACGGACGACCACAACCACAACGACGACCACACGGAGGACCACAACGCCCACGACGACCACACGGAGGACCACAACCACCACAACGACCACACGGCGGACCACAACGCCAACGACGACCACACGGAGGACCACAACCACAACGACGACCACACGGUGGACCACAACGCCCACGACGACCACACGGAGGACCACAACCACAACGACGACCACACGGCGGACCACAACGCCCACGACGACCACACGGAGGACCACGACCACCACAACGACCACACGGAGGACCACAACGACCACACGGAGGACCACGACGACCACACGGAGGACCACAACGACCACACGGAGGACCACGACGACCACACGGAGGACCAGGACGACCACACGGAGGACCACGACGACCACAUGGAGGACCACGACGACCACACGGAGGACCAGGGCAACCACACGGAGGACCACAACGACCACAUGGAGGACCACGACGACCACAUGGAGGACCACGACGACCACACGGAGGACCACGACAACCACACGGAGGACCACGACGACCACACGGAGGACCACAACGACCACACGGAGGCCCACGACGACCACACGGAGGACCACGACGACCACACGGAGGACCACAACUCCCACGACCACACGGAGGACCACGACGACCACACGGAGGACCACAACUCCCACGACCACACGGAGGACCACAACGACCACACGGAGGACCACAACGCCCACAACGACCACACGGAGGACCACGACGACCACACGAAGGACCACAACGCCGACGACGACCACACGGAGGACCACGACGACCACAAGGAGGACCACAACAACCACACGGACAACCACAACAACCACAACGACCACAACAACACGGAGGACCACAACGCCCACGACAACCACACGAAGGACCACGACAACCACACGGAAGACCACAACGCCCACGACAACCACACGGAGGACCACGACGACCACACGGAGGACCACGACGCCCACGACGACCACACGGAGGACCACGACGCCCACGACGACCACACGGAGGACCACAACGACCACACGGAGGACCACAACGACCACAAGGAGGACCACAACCACCACGACAACCACAACCACCACCACAACUACACGGAGGACCACCACACCCACGACAACCACACGGAGGACCACAACCACCACCACCACCACACGGAGAACCACAACGCCCACGACAACCACACGGAGGACCACAACCACCACCACGACCACACGGAGGACCACAACCACCACCACGACCACACGGAGGACCACAACGCCCACGACAACCACACGGACGACCACAACGCCCACAACGACCACACGGACGACCACAACGCCCACAACGACCACACGGAUGACCACAACGCUCAUGACGACGACACGGAUGACCACAAUGCCCACGACGACCACGUGGACAACCACACUGUCCACAGUUGUCACACAGGAAAUGACUGAGACCUCAGUUGUCAUACCAAAGACCACAGUGCACAUGUUUGUCACAGAAAAGCCUAUCCUUGACACAUCUCUCCUAUACCCAGUGCUCGUCCCAACCCUGCUCAUUAUCCCGGUGCUGAUCUGCUGCAUCUGCUGUUGCAUGAACACUGACAAGGAGCCACCACCAGUGGAGAAAAUAGAAAGGGAGUCAGAGACGUGUAUACAGACAUGCAACAUGGUGAUUGUCCCUUGUUGUAGGUACCAGCAAGACAACGUGAGACAUAUCGAGGACAAACUGGAUACCUUGUGUGACUUUGUUCAAACCUGCAAUCAGCUGCCGUUGAUGUGGUGUCAGCCUAGGGACCAGGGUUGGUGCUUCAACUUCACCCCAGUGAAGCCCCUCUGCAGGCAGUUGCCCUGCCUUCCACCCAACCAGGGAUGCUUCCCCCUCAACAGCUGCUGCUCAGAGUGCCAACACCCCCCAACCAUAUACUCCCACCCACCCUCCAGGAUGCUGCCAUUGAUCUCUCCCUCUGCCGAGGCACUCUGCAGACCUACUUUGUCACUCCCACCCCCAUAGUCCAGCCUCUAAAGCCCCCCAAACCCAAGACUGUUAGGAGCCCUUUGUGUACUGAAUUGGACAUAUAUAGAGUCUUGAUAUAUGGUCAAAGGAGUUAGAAUUGUUGGUGAUCAACAAGAGAGUUUGUUACAGCAUCAGUCCACUGUAUGAGAUGUAUCUGUAGUGUUCUUGUCAGGAUAAAGGACCUUGCUGUCUACAGAUGCAGACAUGGAUGCCUCCCACUCCCUGCAGGUUGGUCUUCAUCUGUCAUGAAGGACCUGGAUGCAUGGGAUUUGGUCCAAAUUUUGCUCUUUGAAAAAAGCCCAAAGCGUCUUUGAAAUAUGAAUACAACCUGUUUCCCCACUCACUGACUGUUUUAAUCUCUUGGGAAGUUUACUUAAUAUCCCAGUGCUUUAAGGACAGGUCAUUUGAAAUCAUCCCAUUGGAAAAACAAAAAGAAAAAAGGACUUAAAAGGAGCAAAGAAAUACAAUGGGACAUCAUCAACAGAAACAAUGUUUUAGAAUCCCAGAGUGAGAAGAGAAAGAGAAAGAUACAGAAAGGAUAUUUAAAGCUAAAUGGCUGAAAACUUAUCAAAUGUGGAGAGAGAAAUGGAAAUCCAAAUUCAUGAGGCUCCAAGGCCCCCAAACUGGUUAAACAAGAUAGGGCUAUACCAACACACCUUGCCAAAACUGAAAUGCAGAGGGAAUUGUGAAAGCAGCAAGAGAAAUGUGAGUCAUCACACACGGGGAGUCCUCCCAAAAGACUUAAGGUGUAUUUCUCAACAGAAACUUUGCAGAAGAAAGAAGGAUGAUAGAGUCAAAUGUGUAAGAUAAAAAGUGCCAACCAAGAAUAGGAUACCCAGCAAACCUAUUAUUCUGAAAUGGAGAGAGAAAAACAUAACAAACAAUAGUUGAGUUCAUAACCAGUAGACCUGCCUCCCCCAAUAUGCUAAAGAAUAUCCAUGAAGCAGACGUAAAUGAUCAUAAUUAACAUUGUGAAAACAAAAGAAAGUGUUUGCAAAACUCAUUGGUAAUGGCCACCAUAUUGUCAAGGUGAUAGUCUCUAAUAUUGUUAUGGUGGUCCAUAAUUACCUAGAACUCUAGUUAAAAGGCUAGAAAAUGUAUAAAAUAAACAAAACCACCAUAACUUGUUAUUGGUUAAACAAUAUUUAAAAAUAGGUAAAUUAUAAUAUCAAUUACCUAAAAUGUGAAGGACAGAUAAAUGUAAGGAUAAAUUUAUGUAUGCUAUCAAUAAGUUGCUAUCAGCUUAAAAUAGGAUGUUAUAAAAAUAAGAUAUUUUAUGUAAUCCUUCACACAAUUACAAAGGAAAAACCAAAAGAGAUAAGCAAAAGUUAUGAGGGGGGCCUGAGUGACUCAGUCAGUUAAGUGUCUGCCUUCGCUCAGGUCAUGAUCCCAGGGUCCUGCAAGCCUGCUUCUCCCUCUCCCUGAGCCCACUUCCCCUGCUUGUGCUGUCUCUCUCUCUGACAAAUGAAUAAAUAAAGUCUUUAAAAAUAUAUAUAAAAAUUAAAAAACAAAAGUUACGAAAUAGGAAUCAAAGGAAUCAAAGCAUAUCCCUACAAAAAGUCGUCAAACAACAAAAGACAGCAAGAUAAGAAACAAGAAACGUAUAAAUAAAAUUAAAUGGCAAUAGUAAUAAAUAAUUCCUUUAAUCAUAAAAUAAUUAAAUUCUUUAAUCAAAAGACACAGAAUAGCUGAAUGGGUAAAAAAAAAAUAAGAUCUGGGGCACCUGGGUGGCUCAGUUGGUUAAGCGACUGCCUUCGGCUCAGGUCAUGAUCCUGGAGUCCCGGGAUCGAGUCCCACAUCGGGCUCCCUGCUCAGCAGGGAGUCUGCUUCUCCCUCUGACCCUCCCCCUCUCAUGCUCUCUCUCUCUCUCUCAU